AUUCAAGAUUCCACCCCCUGCUCUUGAAGCUCUUGAAGUUCUUCAACGCUCUUUAACACACUUGGCCAAUAACAAAGCAUAUGGCCUAAAAGCGUUCGUAAAAAACAUGCAGGGUAGUGCAUUGGGUCUAGAUGGGCUUCAGCUGUCAGCCUUAGCUAAAGCAUCAGUCAUAAGCAAAGAUGUAACUGAGGUUACGAUUGGUCCAGAUUGCAAGCGUGCUAGUUGCAGUGAUGUCGACAACAGGAGUGAAAAAAUAUAUGAGCUGGAUGAAAGAAAUUAUGUGCCUGUGGAGGAUGAGUCCUCCAUUAAAAGCCAUGCUCGGAAUAUUGAGAGGGAAGAUAAGUCUUCACGAUGCCUUAUGAAACUAAUGUACGAGUUAAACCGGCAGCGGCAAAUGGGAGUGAAGGAUUUAAUGAACAGGCGUUUCCUGGAAAUGGAAAAGGAUUCUCAGAUUCGUCAAUUGGAGGUGCAAAGAAAAUACCAGUACCUCACGUAUGAGAUCAAGGCAAAGGUGGACCAUGAAGAGCAGCUGGUUCUACGUCAGUUGCAUGAAGACGAGAUUCUUGCAAGCCAGAGACAACAGCAGCUGGCCCAAGAACACAGACAGCAUGCCCAGCGUAUGAAUGAAUGGAACGAAAAGCUGAAGGAAGAAGAGAAGAGACAGAAGGAGGCAGAGGAGGAUGAGAGGAAAAGGAUGAAGGAAAAGAAGAUUCAGCUUGACAAGCUAUAUCAGUAUCAAGUAGCGUACCGGACUAAAUACGAAGAGAUUGUGGAAACAGCAAAGCAGUGUAAAGACAAGCAAGCUUUUGUGGCAAAGGUUUCUUGUCAUAAUGCGAAACUGAAGAGCCUUAAGGAAGCCAUGGAUCAACUGAUCACACAGUGCAAGAUUGGUGAAGUGAACGAUUUAGACCUCGAAACUGCUUCUACAAUUGUACAGCAGCUUGAAGAAAUCUUAGGAGUCAUACGUGAAGAAUGUCAAAAGAUUAAUGAACAACCAGAUAAAGAAGCAGUUGAGGCCAGUGCAGCGAAAGAAGAGCAGAAAGAACAGGCUACAGGGUCCUCUCAGUCCACACAGGCACUGACAUCCAACAGAAUGAUUGAAGAAUUGAAUGACUUUGUGGAUAGAGAGUCGUUUAAUGUGUACAUAUCCCUGCAGCAGCAUCUGCAAAAUUUUGAGAAUUCUUACAAGAAUUUGCAGAAAGAUGAUAGAUUAAAGGAGUUCAGAUUUGAAUGCCAGAAAGCAGUGAAUAUUCCUGUGAAUGCUAUUUCUCCUACAAGUGCAGACCAUCUUCAGGAUAAGCUGUUCAAACUGUCAAGACUUAUUUCUGGUCAACCUGUGGAAGUUGGACAUGGCCAAGUUACAGCUUCUUCGCACCCAGAAGGCAUUGCAUUCUGUAAAAACCUUCUGGCAAAGAAGUUUGUAUGUCAAGGUGAACUCACUGUGUCCAGUAAACCUGAGGCAGCAUUUGCAAUUGCUGCAGUCAUUGAGGCUCUUUGGGCAGAUUUUCCAGACUUUGGACAACUUAUAUUAGGGCAUUUUCACAGAGAGUGCCCUUACCUUGUGCCUAUAUUCAUGCCACAGGUGGAGGGCCAGUCCACUGAGGACUACUAUAAGACGCUGGGUUACCAUUACAAUGAGAGCGGUGAAGUAGAGAAGCAGGACAGAUUUCUAAGGCGUAUGUCUGGGAUAAUGCGACUGUAUGCUGCAAUACUAAUAUCCCGACCAUGCAGGUAUCAGCAGAACAAGAGUCAUCCCCAUGGACUGUCACAGGCUUGGCGCUGGAUUUCAUGCAUGCUCAAUAGAGAUCCAAAAUCUGAUAUCUGUGCGACUUUGCUCUAUGACUUUCUGGAAGUGACAGGGAGUGCUAUGUACUCUCACUAUGGGCAGCAGUUCCAGAAACUUCUGCAUCUUAUUUGCAAAGAAUACUUCCCUAAGAUUGAAAAGAUUGCACCAUCAGUUUCAAGUGGACCCAUUAUUCGACUUGAAGCCUUCCUGCAGAAGAUUUUAAAACAAGGUCACAUUCCUCCUCCUGCUGGUAUAUUGCCACCUAAUUUUUGGUGAUAUGUCACAUCGAUUAAUUUUUGCAGAUUUGUUGACUAUAAUGUCCUUCUUAUAUGGUUGUGAUAUAAAAUUUUGAUUUGCAAACAAAUAGUUAUGUUUCUCUUGCCUUAGCCUGUGUGACAUUUACAACUCUUGUGAAAGUAUUUAAGAAUGAUAUAUUUAACCAUUAAGGGAUGGACCAUUUAAAUUCCGGUAAUGGCAGCGGGCAUGAGUUAAUUUAAAUGCCUGCUAUUGUAGAGUAAUAAAAAUUGUA